ACACAAGUGCCGCAGCAGGCCAUGAUUGGACAUGGUCUGACAUUUAUAGGUAUAGCAUUUGGCUCAAUUUGGCUGGUAUUAAUUUUUUUUUUGUCCUGUAAAAAAAAGCACGUUUGCCGAAAUAUUAUUUUAAACUAAGCUAGUAUGCCGCUGUAGCUCAAAUCAAUAAAAAUAAUUUAUAAAACUUUUUUGUUUUGAUAUUAUUACCAGUAGUUGUUGGGUUACCGUAUCAUGUUUAAAGUCGAAGAAGACGGACUGAGGUCUCAUAAGCAGUCUGUAGAAUUUAGCAGCCAAGAAGAUCAUCAUUCCGCGGACAUUUACAGCACAGAUGUUACAGUAGUGCUAUCACCGGGAGGACAUGAUCAUGGGAGUUCAAAGGUUAAGUUAAAAAACAUUGUCGACUUUACGUGGGAGUUGCAAUUUUACACCGGACAGUUGCUGGCUGUUCAUAUGUCAGGAAAGUAUUUGGCUUAUGGAAUAAAAGCUAGCAGCGGUGCUGGUGUCGUACGAGUUGUAUACAAAGAUUCCGAGCAACGAGCUCUACUACGAGGAAUGCGAGGGGCAAUUCAAGAUCUUGCGUUCGCGCAUGUACAGAACGCGAUCCUGGCCUGCAUUGACCACACGGGAAGCUUCUUCGUGCACACAAUAGUCUCCACGGCGGCGCAAUUGGUGUGCAAUCUUUUGCUGCUGGUCAAUUCCGAGGACACUUCGCCGACCAGCCACCGGGUGAUCUGGUGCCCGUUUAUACCCGACGAUGACUCAGGCGAAGCGGAUGAUGUCUCGAAGCUGCUGAUGGUCACUCGAGGACCUUCAGCGGAGCUCUGGUCUAUAGACAACGUCUACGCGCAGCUCGGCUCAGGACCUCUGGCGUUGAGCGACCCGGCUGUCAAAGGCUGUGGUGGAUUUGCGGAAAUUUGUCAGCAUGAAGCGGACAUCGUCGAGGCAAUACUCAGUCCGGAUGGCACCGCAAUAGCUACUGCCAGUCUUGAUGGUGAAGUUAAAUUCUUCCAGGUAGUUUAUAAUAAUACUCUUCAGCAAGCUUGUUGUCUUCAUCAAUGGAAGCCUCAUGACGGCAGACCGGUGUCUUCACUUUUCUUCCUCGACGAUCACAAAAAUUACAAUUCCGAGGCUCAGUUCUGGAGAUUCGCUAUUACUGGCUGUGAAAAUAACACGGAACUGAAGGUUUGGUCAUGUGAAAAAUGGAAAUGUCUUCAGACGAUCAGAUUCCAGCCUUCACCAUCCGGUGGAAAGAUGCCGAAACUAAAAGCGGGACUUGAUCUGUCAGCAGGGUUUCUUUUAUUGUCUGAUAUCAGCAACAAAGGUCUUUACAUACUCAGUAUCGCAAAAGACACUGGAGAUGGGGUGGCUUGCAUAUCAACGAUAUCCGAGUUCCGGUUGCCGUAUCCUAUUCUGAGUUUCGGUAUCGUUGAUGCGGGUAUGCGCAAAGUACGACCUACUGGUGAAUCUCUCGAGGAUCUUUGUCCACUUGAGGACGAGAGUGACGAACAAUUGGUGAUUCGCAUGUAUUUAGUUCAGCCAAAGUCACUCCAAGAGUGUCACAUUGCCUUCCAGCCAGCUCGGCAGCUGUCAAGUGCCUGUAUGAUGGACACACUUACUCACGACUCGCUAGAUUACUCGGAAGACUUGCAGCACAUAAGACACGAACAGAAUGGUGUAGUCGAGGAAAACGGCGACGAAACAGUCUCCGGGUCACUGGAAGCCAAUCACACGAGUUUGAAUCUAAUGACACCUGACGCUUUCAGCUCUCCCGCGAAAAAAGAAAACAAUUUAUCCGGAUCAACUAGUCCUGAGCUUGGCAAUGUGCUGUCAGCAAGUCCCUCAUUGGCUCAAGCAGUCCACGCUUUAAAUACUUCGGACGUGCCGCUGGCGACGAGUGACAUGGAACGCGCACCACAGAGUGGUGGUAGCAGCCCAUCGCGAGAAGUUAGAGAAAUUUUGUCUCUCGCUGAGCCCGAGGACGAUGAAGAGGAAGAAGACUUUAAAGACAUCGAGUCAGUCAACAAAGACGAGGAAAACUGGUCGAAUAUUCCGAUGGUUAUGCUAAAGGACGUUCAUUUGGAGUCUGAUGAUAUUUCUAAAGAUGAAAAAGUGCCAAAAGAUUCAAAAUUAGUGUCUCAGGAAGCCUGGCUGGCUACCAGCAAAGCUGUCACAUCAUUGAGCACCAAGUUGGACGGAAUUCUUGAAAUAAUUCAGGACCAACGUCAAGAAUUACGGGAGAUGAGGGUUGAAGUAUCUCGACUACGACAAGAUACUCCCGUGCUUGCGAGAGUCGAAAACGCGUUUACUCGUGUGUCCCAGCAGCAGCUCGCGACGAUCGAACAAAGUAUAUAUGGGCGACUUGCAAGACAAAAUGAAUUUUUGACGACCGUCGAAACAACGGUGAAAGAAAAUAUUCAGUCCACUUUGCCACGAGUAGUAAAUGAAGUCAUUGAGCCAAUGAAGAAUCAAUUUAAAUGUGACGUUGAACGAAUUGACGAUCUAAUGAGAGAUAAUUUAACUCAGCUGGUUGGUAGCAACCAAAUGCGAGAUAUCGUUGUCAACGCGGCCAAAUCGGCUCUUGAUGAGGCAUUUAAGAAGUCCUUCGAGUCAGGCUUGCUCCCGGGAUUCGAAAAAGCUUGCCAGACGAUGUUCAGACAGAUUCAAGAGUCAUUCGCAAUAGGAACUAAAGAGUAUCUCGAAAAAACUGGGGCCAUUCUCGAGCGAGUUCAUCAGAAGAAAAACGAGCAGCAGAGUGAAGCCUUGUCGCGCCUCGUUCGCGAGCAACUUGAGAGCGAGAUCUCCCGUGGACUCAACAGUCUUCAAGAAGGAAUAUUGAGAUCCGUCAGAGAUUCUAUUCGAGAGAACAUGGGCCAGCAUAUGAUGGACAUCCAGGCGAGAUCCAGAGCGACGACUCCCGGCAUCACGGCUUCAAGUCCCGCGGACGCGCAAAUGAGAGUGCUCGCGUAUCUACGAAAGGGUCAGCUCACCCACGCAUUCCAGUACGCUCUCAGUGCCAGCGAUCUCGGACUCGUGGUUCUCGUUUGCGACAAAGUCGAGCCUAGCCAAGUCUUCGCGGCGACUCUAACCGGCAGCAACCAAACAGGAACCGGCAGCAUCCUUCCUCAGCCAGUGAUUCUGUCACUGGUGCAGCAGCUCGCCGCCGAUCUUGGACACCGCACAGAACUCAAGCACAAGUGGCUCGAAGAAGCUAUUUGGAACCUAGACCCCAACGAUCCCGUGACCCGGGAGCACAUGGGCGCUGUCCUGAUGACUCUUCAAACACAACUGACGACUUUCAUGAACGGGAACCCACUCCACCGCUUGAUAAGACGCAUGAAAAUGUUAUCUAUGGCUGCGCAAGCUCUUCUCAACCAGCAGCACUCUUAAGUAAUAAUUAAUAAUUAUAAAAAUAAACAAUAAGUUAAGUAAUAAAAAAUUUAUUAUUAAUUUAAAUACUAUCCAAUAAGAAUCAAAAAAAAUAUUUAAGACUGGCAACAGAGCUGUGCUUUACAGCCUCCGGAACACUAAAACCUUCCGCCAAACCACCGGCUGACUUUUUGUAGUUUUAAUAAAAGUGAUUCGUAUGACUAAUUGUUUCUUUU